AUGGCUGUCUAUGCUUCUCAAAUUGGCGCCAAAGGUCCUUUUGCGACCACCGCCCCUCCAUCUAUACAGAGCCAUGCUCCUCCCGCCGGCACUUUUAUACCCGGGACCAAGGUCCAAGUCGGAGACCAUAGGGUAAUUAUCGACCGAUAUCUUUCCGAGGGUGGCUUUGCCCAUGUCUAUGUGGUCACCCUGCCACGGCCCGUCGAUGGCAAUACAAAGGCUGUGUUAAAAAGAGUGGCCGUUCCUGACAAGGAUCACCUGGCCAAUAUGCGCACCGAGGUCGAAACCAUGAAGAGACUGCGGGGCCAAAAGUACAUUGUCAAGUACAUUGAUUCCCAUGCCUCGCAGUUGAAGGGUGGAGGCUACGAGGUCUUCUUGCUCAUGGAAUUCUGUCAGGGAGGAGGCUUAAUCGACUUCAUGAACACCCGCUUACAGAACAGGUUGACCGAGCCUGAAAUCCUCAAGAUCUUCGCCGAUGUCGCCGAAGGUGUCGCCUGCAUGCACUACCUCCAGCCUGCCUUGAUGCACCGAGAUUUAAAAGUUGAGAAUGUUUUGAUAUCUGUCAGUGGCAAUACGAGGCUGUACAAGCUGUGCGAUUUCGGUUCUACCGCUCCCGCGAGACCUGCUGCUACCACCGCCGCUGAGGGUCGCCUCAUUGAGGACGAUAUCAAUCGUCACACCACGCUCCAAUAUCGAAGUCCCGAGAUGAUUGACGUAUAUAGAAAGCAGCCCAUUGACGAGAAGGCCGACAUCUGGGCAUUGGGCGUCUUUCUCUAUAAACUCUGUUAUUAUACCACUCCUUUCGAGGACGUCGGCCAGAUGGCAAUUCUCAACGCCAGGUUCAAGUUCCCUGCGUAUCCACGCUUCUCUGAUCAGCUGAAACUAAUGAUUGCCUCAAUGCUUCGGGAAAAACCUUCCGAUAGACCCAACAUAUAUCAAGUUUUGCAGAAGGUGUCCCGCUUAGACGGUCGGGAGCUCACCAUCAAGGAUAUAUACAGCCGAAGGAGUCAUUCAGAGAGUCAGAAAGAUCAAAUCGCUCCUCAAAGCUCGCUCCCGGGCGCCACUUUGUCUCCUCCGAAGCAAGAAACUGCUCCUGUCGUUCCGCAGAUUGAGCCCAUGCGAAGAGGUCGUCCCACCCAACCGGUCUCCCAUCACGGUUCCGCCAAGCCAAGCCCUUCUCCUCUUCGCAUGGUCGAAACCACGGAUCCAUUCGCCGCUCUGGAUGGAAAUAAAGGAGUUGUGGAAGACGAGCUUUCUCAUAAAUUCCCUACGCUCGAUCACUUUGCCUUGCUCACUGAUAAGGGCAAGAAAUUUGCGUUUGAGUCGACAUCCGAACAGCUACGCGAGGGUGUCGACUCGAAUCUAGCACAGCGGGUUACCAAUGCUCUAGCAGACGAAGCUUUUGGGAGGCCGCCUAGUCCCGUUAAGCCUAAACCAAUCCUUGAUAAACCACUACCAUCUACCAAGUCGCAAGCAGUUCUGCAACACAAGAAGUCAUUGGAAAACAAGGAGGGCCCCGCCCGGCUUAGUGCCCCUGCUAUCACUGCACCAAAGCCUUCAAUAUCGUCUACUGGCACAAUGGCUUCGUCCUCGCCUCAAAUAACAGGAAUAAUUCCUGUUUCUGACAGGCCUAUACACCGGUUUCCCCCAAGUGACCACCCACCGAGAGAUGCGAGCUUAAAUAGGCCAUCGAGUCUGACACGGGCACCUGAAACCAACAAGACUGGCUCACGACUUGCAAGUUUACUCAAAGAAGAUGCGCGACGGUCACAAAUGAGCAGUGAAGAAGAGGCAAGAUCACCUACUUCAUCAAGGCCAUCGCUUGAGGGAGGUCGCCCCACAAUGCGAGGGAUUGAUUCUGGUGUAAGCAGAUCAAGAUCGUUGAAUCUCAGACAGCGACCCGCAAGCGUUAAUAUCGGCGCGGGUCCAACCCAUAUUAAAGACCGAGAAAUCAAGGGAUUGGACUACGAGACGACGUUUACAAGUGCGGAACCAGAGCUAGCACCCCUUACGCAUUCAGAGUCGGCCACGAACAUUUCGUCCGACAUUGAAUACUUGAAGGCCAAAGAAGAGGAGGAACGAGAGCGAAAGCAGCAUCAUAAAAGGCUGAGUAGCGGUUCGAGACACAUGAAGCGAGCCAGUCUUCCAUCCAUAGGUCUUGCAGCCGGCACGAAAUUGCUGGCGGGAAAGUUCGGUGAGGCCUUCAAGAGAUUCGAAGGCAGCGAUUCAAACAACGGUAACCAUCAUCAUCACCAUCACCAUCGAGAUAGGAGCGAGUCACCUUCACGAGAUCCAAUCAAUGUCUUGACCCCCAUUGCAGGUUCAGAAGCAACAGAUCUGAGCGAUGAUCGGCCGGGGUGGGACGAAACGGAGGAGCUAUCACCUGAAAUGAAGCGCGAAUUAGAGAAGAGGAAGCUUGAAGCGGAGGAGAGAAGAGUGGCUAAUGCAGCUGCAGAAUACAGGCAGCGGUUGGCGGCCAGAGGAGGUGGCUCGGCUGGUCCUGGGGUAUCGGCAAAGGCUUCCUCCAUUCAAAACAGACUACAUUCGCUUCUCAGUGAAAAUGAUCGACCUGCACAAAAGACAGCCACGGGGUAUGGACGGUUCACUGAAUCCCCUGAACCACAGCAAAGAGUUGGAGAGCACGCACAGACGUCCCACCCUCCCCGAAACGUUCCUGCACAACAACUUUCCACCUCUUCAGCACCGGCCUCGGCAGUCGACUUGGUCAGGGGGGAAACACGCUCACAGAGACCGACAGCACCACCAAAGCCCAAGGUCUUGCAAAACGCGAUCAUUGAUAACGGCGCUCCAAGAGAUGAAGUCGAGGUCAAGCUGGACGAUGACUGGGAAGCGAAUUUUAGUAAGAAAUACCCGAGCUUGUCCGGCCUGGAGAUGGUUGAGACAUCCAUAGAUGAGCCGAAGAAAACGGCUACGGUGCGGACGAAAGAAAUAUAA